UGGGCAAGGUUCGACGAUUUAGAAGUUUACGGGUUUGAAGGGGAUCCGCACAAAAUUGCGCCAUUGCGCAUCCUCAGUCUUGAUAUCGAAUGUAGCAUCCGUCCAAUCCGUCCUGACAAUCCAAAUCCCAAAGACAAUGAGAUGACGACGUCCAACAUGGUCACUCAAUAUGGUGACAACGAACCGUUUGUACGCAACAUCUUCACUUUAAGAUCUUGUGCACCUAUUGCUGGGGCGGAGACCUUCUCGUUCGACUCGGAAAGUGAAUUACUUAACUCUUGGCAGAAGUUUAUCAUGGAUGUGGAUCCCGACCUCAUAAUUGGUUACAACAUUGGUAGCUUCGAUCUCCCGUAUCUGCUUAACCGGGGCAAAUUGCGUCGCAUUGCGGGAUUUGGCGAACUGGGACGGAUG